UCAACGACAAGAACCGAAGAACGAACGAAAGUACUGGUGGGUGUUCAUGUCCGUGCUUCGAUCGCUCUGAAGGGACCGAAUUCCAGUCUAAACAUCUCGAUCCCUUGUUAUCUUCUCUGCCUCCGAAACCCUAACUUAUAAACUUCUGCUCUUCUUAAGGAGAAGAUGAAGGCAGUUGUAGAAGCUUUACUGGUGCUUUUGCUUCUUGGGGCUCAGGAUGUAUUUGGUUCAACUUCGCUGUCCACUUAUCCUGCAUUUCUCUGGUUUCCCCAAACCUAUGAAUCGGACAAUGGGAUUAAGGAAGCUGUUGACUAUCGCACCAUAUAUCCAAAGGAUUUAGCCAAAUCUGUUCUGUCUGAAGGCGGCUGGUCAAACUUGCUGUGCCCGAGGGAGAACCGUCAGCAACCUGUUGAUAUUGCACUUGUUUUUAUUGGUAAAGAGUUACAAUCUUCAGAUAUUUCUAGAAACAAAAAUGCAGAUCCAGCUCUUUUAGACCUGCUCAAGGCCUCAUUUAGAAGGUCCAAUUUUUCAAUGGCAUUCCCAUAUGUUGCUGCAUCAGUGGAGGAAGAAGUGAUGGAGAAAUCUCUUAUUUCAGGGUUUAUGGAAACUUGUGGGAAUGACCUCGGUAUUGGUGAGAUUGCUUUUCUGGAGUCAUGUUCUGUAGAUGGUGGCGAUCUUAAGAAACUUGCGGAUCUCUCCUCAGUCCAUGAUUAUGUAGUUGCCAGAAUGGAAAAUAAACCAAAGAAGCAGACAGAUUUGAUUGUGUUUUGUCAUGGAUCCUUAGAAAAUCUUGAUCAGAUUCGUUCAGAAGGUGAAAUAUUCUCUGAGCUUAUUAGUUCAGUGGAGGAGUCUGGGGCAAUGUAUACAGUUCUUUAUGCUUCAGAUCCAUACAGGUCAAUUAGAUAUACUUCUUACAAGGUACUGGAAAGGUUUCUUGCAGAAGGUCCUGUAGGAAAUGGUUCAGCUAAUUCGACUGCUUGUGAUGGAGUUUGCAAGACUGUAUCAUCACUAAUUGAAGGUGUUUUAGUUGGGAUCGUUUUGCUUAUUAUCUUGAUAUCAGGACUCUGCUGUAUGGCCGGUAUUGACACUCCCACGAGGUUUGAGGCUCCACUGGAAUCUUAAUGCACAGUCUAAGAGAUAACUAUCUUGUGCUUCCGACUCUUUUUCCCAAGCAUAGGUGAAAAUGCAAAUGGCGUUUAUUGUAUUUAACAUGGACAGUGUCAGAGAUUGUUCAUGUUUUUACUUGGUAAUCCACCAUGAAUCCCAAUAGGAGGGGUUUGAUUUCAUUAAAAUAGAAAUUCUUAUUUCUUCAUUCAAUCUCUACCCUUGUAAGUAGGAAUGCCAUAUUUGCUGGAGUAGGAUUUGCAAGAAUAAAUCAAAUCUAUUGGUACCUAAUACUUGCUUCAGUCUUUGUUUUCCGUUUGACCAUAUUAUUAUUUUUUCACAUCUUCAGUCA